AUGAGCUCGAUCCCUCCCAAGUCAGGCCUUCAACCUCAAGGACAGAGCACCUCGACUCAGGCCGCCUCCUCCGCACACACUUCCUCUCCUUCAGUGGGUGGGAAAUCUCCUACGCCCUCGUCUACCUCGACGACGGCUCCUCGUUCCUACGCCAACGCCACCAAGAAGUCCGCGACGGACUCGACCGCCGCUCCCGUCACCGUGGGCGGCCCGUCGCAACAUGGGAAGUCGACUACAGCAUCUCCUGUGAGCGGCAAACCCAUGCAGCAAUCCCAAACCCCCGGCGUCACCAUCGUCAAUGGCGCCCCGGCCCCGGCCUCCCAGGGCGACCACACUAGAAAGCCGUCCGUGACUAUCACCUCCGCUGGCACCUCGGGCUUCAUCCCCAACGGUGGCCAAACCGGUCGUCCGAACAGUCUGCAGUUUGGCUUCGCUGCCAACCAGCAGUCGUCUCCCAACAUGGGCAAUCCCGCUGUCCUGGCUAACCAGCCUCAGUCCGGUCUCGGUGUUACUCCGCCCAUGAACCCUCGCGUGACUUCCCCCCAGACUUCUCCUUCUCCCAUCCCGCAGCCUGCCUCGAGCGGUGGCCGGCCACCGCCGUCGUCGUAUCAGUCCCAGGGCAACGUUCCGAACUUUGGCAGCUUUGGUGACGCUGGCGACAACGUAAGUGGCGAUUUUUUUUUUUUUUUCUUCUGUCUAGUCUACGAACCCUUUGCCCUCUUUUUCGUUCUACUAUCUUCUCACGUCAAAAAAAAAAAAAAAAAAUCCAAUGAGUGA